AUGGCCGCCGAACGCAUUGGUUCCAUCUUCAAGCACCUGUCGCCCGGGUCCAGCUUAUCGCAGAUAACCUCCAAGAACCCCGACGACAUCGUAAUCACGCUUGCCGUCCGUACCCCGCUGUGCAAGGGCAAGAAGGGUGGUUUCAAGGACACCUCGCUCGAGUACAUUGCAUAUGCUCUCCUCAAGGAGGUCAAGGACCGAAUCGGCUUCGACCCAGCGCUCGUUGAGGAUAUCUGCUUCGGAAAUGUCUCCGAUGGCAAGGCAGCUUACAAGAUCCGCGCCGCAUCCCUCGGCGCUGGAUUCUCCAACACCUCCGGUGCCUCGUCCGUGAAUCGUUUCUGCAGUUCCGGCCUGAAGGCGACAGCCGACAUUGCACACGCGAUCUCACAGGGCUCCAUCGAGGUUGGUAUCGCCAUCGGUGGCGAGUCCAUGACUGUCGGCGGCGACCGCCUCGAGGCGCCCUUCGACGAGCAGAUCCUCACCAACCAGGACGCCAAGGACACGAUGGAGGCUAUGGGGUGGACCAGCGAGAACGUCGCCCGCGACUUUGGCAUCACCAGGGAGCAAGUCGACACAUACGCCGCCGAGAGCUUCCGGAGAGCCGAGGAGGCGCAGAAGGCUGGCUGGUUCGAUGACGAGAUCGUCCCGAUCACCACCAAGGUCAAGGGACCUGACGGCGAGCUCAAGACGGUGACCCUCACCAAGGACGAGGGUAUCCGCCCCGGAACCACCGCCGAAGGACUCGGCAAGAUCCGCGCCGCCUUCCCUCAGUGGGGACCUAUCACCACUGGUGGCAACGCUAGCCAGGUCACCGAUGGCGCGGCUGCCGUUGUGCUCAUGAAGCGGUCCAAGGCUAUCGAACUCGGCGUCCCGGUCGUCGCCAAGUACGUCGGCACGACCGUCGCUGGUCUGCCUCCUCGUAUCAUGGGUAUCGGCCCCGCAGUCGCCAUCCCCAAGCUUCUCAAGCAGUUCAACCUCAACAUUUCCGAUAUCGAUGUCGUUGAACUGAACGAGGCCUUUGGAACUAUGGCUGUCUACUGCCGAGACAAGCUUGGCCUCGACUGGGCCAAGAUGAACCCCCGUGGAGGAGCAAUUGCCCUCGGACACCCUCUGGGCACUACUGGUGCAAGACAGAUUGUCACUGGUCUCAGUGAGUGCAGGAGGCAAAAGAAGAAGAUCCUGCUGACGAGCAUGUGUAUCGGAACUGGUAUGGGAAUGGCUGGUCUCUUUGUGAACGAACAAUGA